CCGUGACGACUUGGCAGCCAGAGCCAUCAUCACUCGACCGCCUCGAGAUGCUCUGGCAAAGGCUCGCACAAGGAGAUUCGCACCCGAGAUCCCGUUCUUUUUAAAUUGUGGCUUUACCUCACAGCCUGGAGGAGAAAAUCGCCGCUGCAAGGAGAAGCCGUGUGAGGCAGGGCAGGGGCUCUCAUUUGGUGUCUGCCCCUGCAGAGGCGGGGAGCUGGGAGCACCUGUCGGGAGGAGUUACUCAUGUGAGAAGAAGGUCAUUCCCGGUUAAUAAUGCUUGUAAGGCAGAGGUGAAAGUGGCUCAGCAGAACAACAUCAGGAAAUCUGGCAGACUGGAAGAGCACAGCUGCCCCCCUGGGCAGCUGCCACGUGUGAAGCAUGGAGGAAAGUAAAAACGAGAAGGUGAACCAGGCUCAUGUUCUCUUUGACAGAUUUGUCCAGGCUUCCACCUGCAAGGGGACUCUCAAGGCUUUCCAGGAGCUCUGUGACUACCUGGAGCUAAAGCCCAAGGACUAUCGUUCCUUCUAUCACAAACUCAAGUCCAAGCUCAAUUACUGGAAAGCCAAAGCCUUGUGGGCCAAAUUGGAUAAAAGAGGCAGCCACAAGGACUACAAGAAGGGGAAAGCAUGCGCCAACACCAAGUGUCUGAUAAUUGGGGCUGGACCCUGUGGCCUUCGCACAGCCAUCGACCUGUCCUUCCUGGGAGCCAAGGUGGUGGUGAUAGAGAAGAGGGACGCCUUCUCCCGCAACAACGUGCUGCACCUCUGGCCCUUCACCAUCCACGACCUCCGCGGCCUCGGCGCCAAAAAGUUCUACGGCAAAUUCUGUGCAGGAUCCAUAGACCAUAUCAGUAUCCGUCAGCUCCAGCUGAUCCUUUUGAAGGUUGCCUUGAUCUUGGGAAUAGAGAUCCAUGUCAACGUGGAGUUCCGGGGGCUUGUUUACCCUCCAGAGGACCAGGAGAAUGAAAGAAUAGGUUGGCGUGCACUGGUUCAUCCCAAAACCCAUCCAGUGUCUGAGUAUGAGUUUGAAGUAAUCAUUGGAGGGGAUGGCAGGAGAAACACCUUAGAAGGGUUUCGCCGGAAGGAAUUCCGUGGCAAGCUUGCAAUCGCUAUCACAGCAAACUUCAUCAAUCGCAACACCACAGCUGAAGCCAAAGUAGAAGAGAUCAGCGGCGUGGCCUUCAUCUUCAACCAGAAGUUCUUCCAGGAUCUCCGAGAUGCCACAGGCAUUGACUUGGAGAACAUUGUCUACUACAAGGAUGAUACACACUACUUUGUCAUGACUGCCAAAAAGCAGAGCUUGCUGGAUAAAGGAGUGAUACGGCAUGACCAUGCUGACACGGAGGUCUUGCUGUCCCGGGAGAACGUGGACCAGGAGGCUUUGCUGAACUACGCCAGGGAGGCAGCAGAUUUCUCCACUAACCAGCAGCUGCCCUCGCUGGACUUUGCCAUCAACCACUACGGGCAGCCCGACGUGGCCAUGUUUGACUUCACGUGCAUGUACGCCUCCGAGAACGCCGCCCUGGUGCGCGAGCAGAACGGCCACCAGCUCCUCGUGGCACUGGUCGGGGACAGCCUGCUGGAGCCGUUUUGGCCAAUGGGAACUGGAAUAGCCAGGGGAUUUUUGGCUGCAAUGGACUCUGCUUGGAUGGUACGAAGUUGGUCGCUCGGAGCCAGUCCUUUGGAAGUCCUUGCAGAGAGGGAAAGCAUUUAUAGGCUGCUGCCUCAGACCACCCCAGAGAACGUGAGUAAAAACUUCAGCCACUACAGCAUUGAUCCUGCCACCCGAUAUCCCAAUAUCAACGUCAACUUCCUGAGGCCACAGCAGGUACGCCACUUGUAUAAUACAGGAGACUUGAAAGACAUUCACCUGGAGAUAGAGAACUUUGUGAACUCCAGGACACCAAAGCUGACUCGAAAUGAGUCUGUAGCUCGCUCUAGUAAAUUGCUCAGUUGGUGCCAGAGGCAGACUGAUGGAUAUGCUGGUGUUAAUGUGACAGAUCUGACAAUGUCAUGGAAAAGUGGCUUAGCUUUGUGUGCCAUUAUCCACAGAUACCGUCCAGACCUAAUAGACUUUGACUCCUUGGAUGAGCACGAUGUGGAGAAGAACAACCAACUGGCCUUUGACAUCGCUGAGAAAGAGUUUGGGAUCUCUCCCAUUAUGACUGGAAAGGAAAUGGCAUCUGUUGGAGAGCCAGAUAAGCUGUCCAUGGUGAUGUACCUCACACAGUUCUAUGAGAUGUUCAAAGACACCAUCCCCUCUAGUGAUAGCCUGGAGCUGAAUGCAGAGGAAAAGGCUGCCCUGAUUGCCAGUACCAAGUCUCCCAUCUCCUUCCUCAGCAAACUGGGACAAAGCAUCUCUCGGAAGCGCACUCCCAAGGACAAAAAAGAAAAGGAACUGGAUGGUGCAGGAAAGAGGAGAAAAACCAGCCAAUCUGAGGAUGAGGACCUCCCACGAAGCUACAGAGAGGAAAGGCCCACACUGGUGAGUGCCCUGACAGAGAGGAGAAUUGAUGCUGCCAUUGGGAACCAGAACAAAGUCAAGUCCAUGGCAACCCAGCUGCUGGCCAAGUUUGAAGAGAAUGCACCAGUGCCGUCCUCACACUUACGAAGACAGCCACCUGUCCUGCCUUACCAAGAGCGUGUCCACAGCCAGUCAUCCAGCAGACGAGAGCAGGGCCGGCUUGCCCCCAUACCCCAGUGGAAACAGGGCUCGCUCAAGAAGGAGUUCCCCCAGAACCUGGGAGGCAGCGACGUGUGCUACUUCUGCCGCAAGCGGGUCUACGUGAUGGAGAGGCUGAGCGCCGAGGGCAAGUUCUUCCACCGCAGCUGCUUCAAGUGCGAGUACUGCGCCACCACCCUGCGCCUGUCCUCCUACGCCUACGACAUCGAGGACGGCAAAUUCUACUGUAAACCUCACUACUGUUACAGAGUCUCUGGUUAUGCUCAGAGGAAGAGGCCAGCAGUGGGUCCUCUGUCAGGAAAGGACACCAAAGGACCUGUGCAGGACGCCAUGGCCAGCGAUGGGAGCGGACGGGCCAGCAGCCUCCCCAGCUCAGCAGAGAGGGCCCCAGGUCCCAGUGUGAACGGGCUGGAGGAGCCCAGCCUGGCCAAGCGUUUGCGGGGCACCCCGGAGCGCAUCGAGCUGGAGAACUACCGGCUGUCCCUGCAGCGCGAGGAGGAGCUGGAGGAGGUGCCCGAGGAGACCCUGGCAGAGCACAACCUGAGCAGCGUGCUGGACAAAGGCACAGAAGAGGAUGUGCCCAGCAGUAGUUCAGAAUCUGAGAUGGAGGAGGAAGAUGAAGAGGAAGAUGAUGAACAGCAACCCCCUUCAGACCUGGGUGGUGUGCCAUGGAAAGAGGCUGUGCGUAUCCACGCCCUCCUGAAGGGAAAGAGUGAAGAAGAGAUUGAGGCUGAGCAAAAUCAUGAGAUUGAGUACAAAUAUGAUGAUGAGGAGGAGGAAUACGAAGAGGAAGAAGAUGAGGAGUCAAGUGAAGAGGGGGAGUAUAACCCUUGGGAGAGAGAGCUGCAGCAAGGCCUCUGGCUUCAACGUCUCUCAGAUGAAGAGGACUCGGGUACACAUAAAGCUGGAAACCUUAGGCUGCAGCAGAUUGUAAAUCCGGUUGAUCCUCUGGAGAUCCUGGCAGAUGUGCACUGGACACACAUCCGUGAGAAAGAGGAGGAGGAAAAAAUGGUCUCAGCCUCAAAGUCCUCCACCUCCAGAGCAUCCGACCUUCCCUCCGUACGCCAUGAGGCGGUACAGGCGUGGCUGGAGACGGUCCCUGGAGCUCCAUGUGAGGAGGAUGAUGUGGAGGAGGAGCUGGGCACAGAGCCUGCAGACACAGAAGGGCAGGCAGGUGAAGAGGGAGACACGGGUGCAGAGCUGGACGAUGACAUCGCCUCUGAUGCAGAAGCGGAGUUUCGCUUACGUCAGAGUGGUGCAGAAGGGGCAGAGCUGAAAGUGUCUGAGGAUGAAGAAGAAGAAGAAGCAGAAGGUGCUUCUCACAGUGUGACAGAAGAAGGUCCAUGCAAGCCACCUACCCCUAUCCAGCCCUCUAGUGAGAGUGUUCUUCCUCUGUCUCCAGCUGCUAGUCCCAAAGCAAAACAAGCAGAGGAGGUAGAAGAUCCCCUGGCUGAAGCGAGCCGUGCAAUAAAAUCCCCAGAGCCACGCUUUUUUCCUGAGCCUUUCAUUCUUGAGGAAAGACCAAAGGAUGAAAUUCCCAAAGACAGGAAAGUUAAGAGCCCCUUGAUGCCACCAUCUCCAGUGCUGUCCCAGCCAGUUGCAUCACCAGAAGCCAUUGCACCCCCAUCACUCGCAGAGUCCCAGCCAGGAGCACCAGCACUGGCCUCAUCCCCAGCAUCUGCUGAAAUGCCUAUCUGUUCCCAGCCUUUGCCUUCUGCUGAAACAUCCAUUCCAUCCCCAGUGGAGCCUCCAGUAUGUUUCCAACCUGUCCCAGCCUUAACAUCUACUCCUUUAGCCAAAUUGGCCCUUAGGGGCCAGGAUGGUGAGGUGGAAAAACUGGGGAGCCCCACUACUGCAGAAGAAGCCCUGAAACGGAGCAGCCUCGUGGAAGAGUUCUGGAUGAAGAGUGCUGAAAUCCGACGGAGCUUGGGGCUCACCCCCGUGGACAGAAACAAACGCUCAGAGAGCAACUUCACUGUGUCUGCUCUGGAGGCAACUCCUCAGAAGACUUUCAAUAGCAGGAAUAUUUCAGGGGAUGAAAGGAUCCAUCCUGUGAAACCGCAGCCUGCCCCAAGAAGACAGGGACUAUCCAAGUUAGAAAAUGAGCAGAUUUCUCUGCUCACUCCAAAAUCUCCGUCAGAAAAAGAGCUAAAGAUUUCCAAUGAAGUACGGGGAGAUGUGUCCAGCAGCUCUGGGCUUGGCCUUCAGGAGAGCUCAUCUAACAUGAGAACCAUGGCUAGCCAGAGCUUCAACACUUCCGACUCCACCAUGCUAACUCCCCCGUCGAGCCCGCCCCCACCACCUCCUCAGAACGAGGAGCCGGCCACGCUGCGCAGGAAGAGGUACCAGGCACUGUGGCAGAAUGAGGUGGAAGCCAGGUCACCUCCAACACCAGCAUCAACCCCUCCUGCUCCCCGACACCAGGAGCCAGCCCCUCCUGCCAAGGAGCCCCCCCCGGCCAAGAGGGACGAGGUGCGGAAGUCGUUCGCGGAGAGCGUGGAUGAAAUCCCGUUUGCUGAUGACGUGGAGGACACGUACGAUGACAGGACAGAGGACUCCAGCCUUCACGAGAGGUUCUUUACACCUCCUACCAGCAGGCCAAGGCCAGAGAAACCACAUCUUUUGCCCUUGGUCAAGGAGAAUGGUGGCCCACCCUCCAUGGAAGGAGGGGCUCACCACAAGAAGAGAGUGUUCCCUGACAUUUCUGUGGAGGCCAAGGAGCUUGCUGAAGAAAGAAUGAGAGCCAGAGAGAAGUCUGUCAAGAGCCCAGCACUACGAGAUGCCAUGGCUAAACAGCUGUGUAAGAUGAAAGAUAUGGAGGUGACUGCUGCUCCAGCUGCUGGUGGGGCCACAAGGGCACGAAAGGCGUCUUCUAUGCCCUUGAAGACCAAAGAGUUGUUUUAUGAGUCUCCCAAACAUUUGGCCUUGAAAUUAGCAGAGGGGUCCGCACGAAAACAUUAUUCUGCUACUGAGAAGUACUCCACUCCUCCUGCUGACAUGGCUGGGCCUGAAGGGUCUGUCAGCUCUUCAGAAGGCUCCAGUGGGAAGAGUAAGAAAAGAAGUUCCCUCUUCUCCCCUCGUAAGAACAAAAAGGAGAAGAAAUCUAAAAACGAUAGCAGACUUUCUGACAAAUCUAGUGGUGGGACAGAGGAAGCAACAAAGCCUAGGUCCUUAUGGAAGUCUGUUUUCUCUGGCUAUAAGAAAGACAAGAAGAAAAAGGCUGAUGAGAAAUCUUGCCCAAGUACUCCCUCAAGUAAUGCCACAGUGGAUUCUGGCAAGCACAAACCCUCUGCUCCACUGAUUACAGCUGCAGAUUUACAGCUCCGUCAGCACCUGAGUUUCUCAGAGGACUCCGACCUCUCCAGUGACGACAUUCUGGAACGCUCCUCCCAGAAAUCCAAACGAGAGAGGGCCUACACAGAGGAGGAGCUGAACGCCAAGCUGACGCGGCGAGUACAGAAAGCUGCCCGCAGACAAGCCAAGCAGGAGGAGCUAAAGAGGUUACACAGAGCUCAGAUUAUCCAGCGGCAGUUGGAACAAGUGGAAGAGAAGCAGAGGCAACUCGAGGAGAGAGGAGUUGCUGUGGAGAAGGCCCUUCGAGGAGAAGCAGACUAUUGGGGAGAGUCUUAUUACAGUGACCUCAUCGACUUGCAUCUGGGUGUUGAGCCCAAUGGCGGGACACCACGUCGUAGACCUCUCUCCUUCUGCCCUUGCUGUGCCCAUGAAGGCAUGGGUAAGAAGGAUGACCCCAAGCUGAUGCAGGAGUGGUUCAAGCUGGUGCAGGAGAAGAAUGCCUUGGUUCGCUACGAGUCUGAACUGAUGAUAUUUGCUCGGGAGCUAGAACUGGAAGACAGGCAGAGUCGACUGCAGCAGGAGCUCCGUGAGAGGAUGGCAGUAGAAGAUCAUCUGAAGACAGAUGAGGAGCUCUCAGAGGAGAAGAGGAUCCUGAACGAAAUGCUCGAAGUAGUGGAGCAGAGAGAUUCCCUUGUGGCUCUCCUUGAGGAGCAGCGGCUUCGAGAAAAAGAAGAAGACAAGGACCUGGAGGCAGUCAUGCUUUCCAAAGGUUUUAGCUUGAACUGGUCCUGAGCUUAGCACAUUUACCUCUGCUGGUCUGUGUUGUCCAGUUGGCCUACCCUGAGUUUGCCAGAAUUACAUGGAUAUGAAGAUGUUGAAGGGGAAACUUCUGAAAGGUCCAACAGCAUGCAGAGAUUUGGUUUGAAGCACUCAGAAGCCUUUUGAUAAGUGUGUUGGUUCCAGAAGCUUAAGUUUUACAUGUCUGCAAGCCAAGUUGAAGAAAUGAGUUGAGACUGUGCAAUCUCCUUGAGGUCCUGUACGAUGGACCAUGUUUUGUGUGUGGUAGGAGGGAGGGGGGAAUAAUCCAUGUGUGGGGAAGGAGGUUAAGGGAAGAAGUACCCUUAACUACAUUGGAUUUAAGGCAGUCCAUUCCCUUCCCAUUUUGACUACACCAGUUCUAAUAAAAGGGAGGGAAGUGGCAACCUUUCCUGAAAAACCACAGCAGCCUGUAGCAGUGGAGUCAGCUGUCCAAGAGAGCUCCAGAAGCCCAGGGCAACACCUUCUUUGCUUUAGUCUUCCUCCCCACCAAAGAAACCUGCAGUUGAUCCUUAUGCAUGGAUAUGAAGAAAUACAAGACAGAGAAGAUACUGCUGUGUGUGCUGGAACUCUCUGCCUCUUGGUUUUUGGAGAGAAGUGGGCAUCAGUGGACUCUUUCCCUACCUUAGCCUCCUAAAUCUUCUUGUGGGGAACAAGGGGAGCAGAAGAGAGAGGGAAGAUGCCCACCUGCUUUGCUACACACUGGAGAGGCAGCUACUGCUGGCCUUAGUCUUCAUGGCCACAGCUCAGAGGCUGGUGGGCUUCCUUUUUCUGUUUUUAUUGUGACUGUUUUGACACUGGAAAAUACUGCUGUGGGACAGUGGUAAGUGUGUGCUGGGGCAGGGGUGUUCCCAGGCAGCAUUCCCUGGUUAUUAGGCCCCCUAAAAGGGAGAAGCCCUUAAGUGACCGAACCACCAUUAAGACUUUUCAGUGUUUUUAUUUUUUUUUUUUCUCUCUGUAUUUUGUUUUUGCACAUUGGAAACAAAGCUUAAGACCUGCCUGGGCCCUCAGUCACUUUGACCCUUUUAUGUCAAUUAACUUAUUUUUUUAAUACUUGAAAGAAGAUUCAUUUUUGUAUCUUUUAGGAAAAAAAUGGACGAGUGAUGGGUGUGUGUGCCUGCUGCAUCCUACAACUUCCACUUCAAAAUUACUGGACGUUGUUACCUGUGGCUAUUUAUUAGUGUUCUUAAUAAUAAUUUGAUUGUUACACAUAUUUGAUUGUGGAGGGAGUGUUUUAACUCUGUUAGAGAAAGACACUACUGCGGAUCGGUCCCUGCUUCACAGCAAGGGCAGCCUUUAUGUACCCAUGGAUGCAUCCUGCCCUAGGAGUUUUCAUCUAUGAAAAAAUCCUGUGCACUCAUGGAGUUUAAGAAUCUAUUUGUGUUCUUAGCAUACUUUUCUUCCACAUCCCACAUUCUCUCUUUUGGACUAACAAACUUAUAUUUAUUUAAAUUUUACAUUUUUAUAACAAGAAAGCCAAAACUGUGAGGUAGAAAUAUCCCAUAUGUCUCUUCCUCACUGAAAGAGGGGAUCCUCACAGUCCUGAUACAUUUUGAGGGAUUUCCAUGAAAACAAAACCAGCACAUUUCCUGCUGCAUCUAUUGGAAGAAGCUCCUUUUGGCCCAGUUAGUGGAUGUGCUGCUUUUCAGCCAGGAGGGUCCUGACUGUCACCACACAAUGAUGGAUGAGCAGGAUGUGCACUGAGCAG